CUCGGCUCUCACCUUACUAUUAGCCUACGUCACACAGCCAGGUUGAUGUGGGAGGGACGUCGUUUCGGUUUGGUCACGUAAUCGUUUCUUUCCAAACUUUUUCCUGUCUAGCAAAGCGAACGCACAAACAGGAUUCCGGCAUUAACUUGUACAGGAACUUAUGGGUGCGAGCUAGAACACGAGUUUUCGUCCUCCUGUGGGCUGUCUCUUAACCGUGCACCUGUUCUUCGCUUCCGAAUAUACUUGUGAUCUAAUUGGGCGCUACAAGUAGACAUAUCCUCCAUUACUCUUAUUUCUAACAAUCAAGUCUUCGACCUUCCGGAGCGUUCUUCAUUUUUUUUUUUACUUGUAAAUUUUAAACGAGGGAAAUGGGCUCCGUCGCGUACGACAAUGGGAACUACCGGGAGCGGCAUGAGCAGGUGACCUUCCUGACCAAUAAGGAGAAGAUGUCGCCGAAGCGGAAGACGGGGGUGGUGGUGGGCGUUCUCCUGGCGCUGCUGGUCCUGGCCAUCGUCGCCGGCGUGCUGAUCUGGCUCUUCCUGUUCAAGCCAAAGGAGAACAAGCAGCCCGAAGGCCCCACGGCCAGCCAGCAGAGGAGCGCGACCACGCUGGUGUACAGCGGGCACAUGGAGCUGUCCAACCUGAAGUACAGCCAGGCGCUGGAGGACCCCACCAGCUCCGAGUUCAAGAACCUCGCCGACGACAUAGAAGAGAUUUUGGAGGCGACAUAUAAAAACGAUCCCUUCUUCACCAAGUACUACAACAAGUCCGUCGUCUCUGCCUUCAGCGAGGGGGUGAUGGCGUACCACUGGACGCAGUUCGACGUGCCGGCGGCGGACCUGGAGCAGCUGCCCCGCUUCACGCAGGAGCGGGUCAUCCAGGUGCUGCGCUCCGGAAUUCGGCGGGAGGGCAAGCGCAGCGCCCAGGUGCUGAUCAUUAAGGACAUCACUGCCUCCGCCACGGACCCCAGGAUGGCCAGGAACCCGCGGGCGAAGGAGUGCUUCUUCAAGCUGGAGGCCAACGCCCAGGUGCAGACCAUCGAGUCGCCGGGCUACCCCAAGCGGUACCCCCCGAAAACGCGCUGCCAGUGGCAGAUCCGCGCCCCGCCCAACACCGCCAUCCACAUGAAGUUCCCCUUCUUCCACGUGGAGGACGACUGCUCCAACGACUUUGUCUACAUCCACGACUCGCUCAGCCCCGACGAGUCCCAGGCCGUCACCAAGCAGUGUGGUCAGAGGCCUCCCUCAAAUCCCCUGGAGGUGGUGUCCUCCAGCAACAUCAUGCUGGUCAACCUCAUCUCCGACAGCGAGAUCCAGAGGCCGGGCUUCAAGGGGGAGUACACGGUCAUCCCCAUCAGCACAGCCAAGAGCUGUGGAGGGCUGCUCUCCGCCAAGUCUGGCAACUUCAGCUCCCCGCACUUCCCCAGCUUCUACCCGCCAGCCCUGGACUGCAACUGGACCAUCCAGGUCCCCGCGGGCCAGAAGGUGCGCGUGAAGUUCACCAUGUUCCGCAUGAAGGAGCCGGACGUGGACGUGCGCGUCUGCAACAAGGACUACGUGGAGGUCAUGGGCAAGAAGUACUGCGGGGAGCGGUCUUCGCUGGCUCUCUCCAGCGACACCAACACAAUGUUGGUUAAGUUCCACUCAGACGAGUCUUACACAGACAAGGGCUUCAUGGCAGUGUACAACGCCUACGACCCCAAAAACCCUUGUCCUGAUAAGUUUGCCUGUGCCUCUGGUAUCUGCAUCAGUAUGGAGCUGAAGUGCGACGGCUGGAACGACUGUGGAGACAUGAGCGACGAGCGCCAGUGCAGCUGUGAUGCGGACCAGUUCUCCUGUGCUAACGGAAUGUGCAAGCCCAGGUACUGGGUGUGCGACCGCGUCAACGACUGCGGGGACGGCAGCGACGAGGCGCAGUGCAGCUGUGAGGGGAACGAGUGGAAGUGUGAGGACGGCUCGUGCAUUUCUCAGGACCUGGUGUGCAACGGCAAGAAUGACUGCAGCGACGGCAGUGAUGAGUCAUCCUGCAGCCAGCCCUCGGGCACCUGCACGGACUUCACCUUCAAGUGCCAGAGCGGCACCUGCGUGAACAAGGCCAACGCGGAGUGCAACCGGGAGAAGGACUGCGCCGACGGCUCCGACGAGCUGAACUGCGACUGUGGCGUCAGGCCCUAUAAGCACAACCGCAUUGUGGGGGGCCAGAACGCGGACAUCGGGGAGUGGCCCUGGCAGGUCAGCCUGCACUUCCUGACCAGCGGCCACGUCUGCGGCGCCUCCAUCAUCUCCAAGACCUGGCUGCUCUCCGCUGCUCACUGCUUCCAGCCCGGCAACCCCGACUACCACGACCCACAGAACUGGCAGACGUACAGCGGCAUGCACGACCAGUUCACCCAGGACGGCGUGCAGAUGCGCAAGCUGAAGACCAUCAUCAACAGCCCCGACUACAACCAGAUGACCUUCGACUACGACAUCGCCCUGCUGGAGCUGGCCGAGCCGCUGGAGUUCACCAACACCAUCCACCCCAUCUGCCUGCCCGACCGCACCCACGUCUUCCCCCCCGGCCUGCCCUGCUGGGUGACGGGCUGGGGCACCUUACGGGAGGGAGGCCGGACGGCGCGCAUCCUGCAGAAGGCGGAGGUGAAGAUCAUUAAUGACACGGUGUGCAACGUGGUGACGGAGGGCCAGGUCACGUCACGCAUGCUGUGCAGCGGCUUCCUGGCCGGGGGGGUGGACGCGUGCCAGGGAGACUCGGGGGGGCCCCUGGUGUGCCGGGAGGAGUCGGGGAAGUGGUUCCAGGCUGGGAUAGUCAGCUGGGGCGAGGGCUGCGCCCGUAGGAACAAGCCGGGGGUGUACAGCCGCGUCACCAAACUGCGGGACUGGAUCCGGGCCACCACCGGCGUGUAGAGCGGGGCCCGGCCCACCGGGUCACAGCCGAAUAUGGGGGAGGGACCGGGGAGGGAAUUUAACAGAUUUUUAUACAUGGGGGGGAGGCGGCGGGGGGGGACAUGCUGCCAAAGAUUCACUGUGAACUGGCUGAGGAAGAGAAGAGAGAGAGAGAGAGAGAGAGAGAGAGAGAGCCCUGCCGUCACCAGCCCGAGAGGGUCCAGCAUUGGACAUAUCACUAAUCAGUCCGCAUACCAGCUCUCCAGAUAAUCAUUACUCAGUGCUUCGGGGCCUUGGGACCUGAGGUGUGCACGCUGAAAGAAUGCUGUGCACUCUGCAGAAAGCAGUGCCUCCGCACCAUUCAGGCAUCUUUGCGUUCCUGGAUCUCCAAAGUAUUCCGACCCAGAGCAUUCCGGCUAUGAUUUCUUAACGUGGAAAAAUACAGGAAAACAUUUUUUCGCCAGCGUUGUUUUGGGAGGUAUGAACAUAUCUACAAGUUACUGUAUUUUUGUCAAACUUUUGCGGCAGUAAUGCUGGUGUGUGUUUUUGUUUUGUUUGUUUUUAAAUUCUGUUUGGGGUGGCUGUACCACUACAUGUAAAUGAUGGUGAAUACUGAGGAUGACGAGGCGUUGUGGACAUGGGUCAUGAGUCACAUCCGCGUGGGACAAACGCACAUCUAACUGCACAGGAAGUCACGGCGUCAACGUCCGCCAUCAGUUUUUUUUUUUUGGGAGGGGGGAAGGGGGGUCAUUUUGAACACAUUCAGUCGACAGCCAAAUUUAAAUGUAAAUAUUUUCGGUUUUGUUUCCUAUUAUUUUAAUGUCUCUUGUGGCCUCUAAAGUAUUGAGCGAUGUACCACAGUCUUGAAUUAUUUAUGAGUGACCAAAGUACUUUUGGCAAAAUGGGUUUGAAUCCAAACUUUUUAAACUUGAGGGGACCCUAACAUUAUCCAGCUGACCAGGAAUUUAUGCUGAGAUCUUUUUCUUCUCUCUCCAUAUUUUAAUAUUUUCUGCUGUGGCCUAUGUCCGCUGAUAUUUUUCACACUUCAGUAAACGUAUAUUGUGCAUUUUUCACUGUUUAAGUCCAAAAACCCCAACAGACAUUUAUUCCCCCAACAUUUUUUUCAAGAUUCAAAGGAUGCCUCUGCUAGCAUUGACACCCAACCUGGAAGUUUUGUUGAGACUGGGGUGCAGCGUCAGUCCGGCCGGGGUGCGGUUGUUGAAGUGUGGGGGGGCUUUGUGGGGGUGCGAAGCCGAGGGGCAGCUGUGGAUCUUCCUGUCCAAUGAGAGCCCACCCCCAACCCCCACCCCCACUCACCCCCACCCUGACAAGACGGUGAGCUGCGGGGGCCUCUUCACUGAAGCUGUUAGCCGGAGACGCUAAACUGAAGGCUAUUCCCAUCCGCGGCCAUCUUUGUUGCGUUGGUACGCUGUCGAGUUCUCCUGAAAUCCUCCUCUCUCCAAACCCUUCAGACUUUUCUCCGAGGUCCUCUGUUCCACCCCCUGCCUCCUCUCACACAGUAAAUCCGGCAGCCAUUUUAGGUGAACAGCGCUCAGUUU